GGGGUCCGGCCAUGGCGUGGCCCUGCAUCACCCGCGCCUGCUGCAUCGCCCGCUUCUGGAGCCAGCUGGACAAGGCGGACAUCGCCGUCCCCCUCGUCUUCACCAAGUACUCCGAGGCCACCGAGCAGCCCCCGCGCCCCGCCGCCCCCAUCGACACCCAGCCCGCCGGGGAAGCGGACCCGGCUCCCGCAGCCGCCCGGCCCGGCCCGGCCCCGCACCCUUCCCCCCCGGCCGACUCGGUGAUGCGACACGACUACAAACCCUGGAAGGUGCAGCGCCCGGAGCCCAGCUGCAAACCCAAGAGCGAGUACCAGCCCUCCGACACCCCCUUCGAGAGGGAGACCCAGUACCAGAAGGAUUUCCGUGCCUGGCCCAUCCCGAAGAGGGGAGACCACCCUUGGAUCCCCAAGCCGGGACCUUCCCCCGUCCUCGCCCCCCCGGAGCGCGGUUCCCCGGAGAAACCGGCGCAGGAGAAGAGGCGGAAGGUGCCCGAGAAGAGAGAAGGAGACCCCGAAGGGGAGGAUGAGCAUCCUAAAGCGCUGCGGGGCGCGGGCGGGAGAGAGAAGGGGCGGAAGAAGGUGGAGGAGCCCCCGGGGGACGCGGGCAGGGGCCGGGCGGCCGCCGAUGCUCUCAACAGGCAGAUCAAGGAGGAGGUGGCCGCGGGGGUCAGCUCGUCCUACAGAAACGAGUUCAGACCCUGGGUAGAUGUUAAGCCUGUGAAAGCUAUAAAAGCGAAGCCCCAGUACAAGCCACCAGAGGAGAAAAUGACACAUGAAACCAGUUACAGUGCUCAGUUCAAGGGGGAAACCAGUAAGCCUUCUCCAGCUGACAACAAAUUCCUGGAGCGCAGAAGGAUACGCACUCUCUACAGUGAGCCCUACAAAGAACCACCAAAGGUGGAGAAGCCUAGUGUAAAGCCUUCCAAACCAAAAAAGACCACGACAAGCCAUAAACCCCUGAAAAAGGCCAAAGACAAGCAGAUUGCAUCUGGCCGGGCUGCCAAGAAAAAGAGCGCCGAGACCUCCAACACAGCAAAGCCAGAGGACAAGGAGAAAAGCAAAGAGAUGAACAAUAAACUGGCUGAGGCAAAAGAGAGCCCUGAAAAAAACCCUGGUGCUACACACCAAGAACCAAGUACCUUAGUGCAGGACCAAUGCACAUGAAGUCAAGCAUUUUCUCCUGGGCGGCGGCUGGAGGAAACGUAUAGUCUGCAUGAAAUGUGUAUUGUCUGGCUGGCACACAAUAAAGCUGAUGA